UUACUGAGACUGACUGACAGUAAAAUGCAUUGGGUGCGUCUGUCUAACAAAGAGUUGCUCGUACUGAGAAAGUGCGCAAGAUCCCACUGCCUCAAGUUCAGCCCGCCUGUCGACGCUUUGACACUACGCCUCCAAUCUUCAGUUUUUUGACUCUCAAGGAAACAUCAAGCUCUUCAAGAUGAAGCUGUGGUUUGUUAUUGCCAUACUUAUCUCCGUUGCGUUUCCAUCCGGUAAGUGAUUUCAUUGCAAAAUGCUUUUUUGUAAUCCACAUCGUUUCGAUUGAAGCGAGCAACUGUAAGGCGAAGCCAUCGUCGUAAAUCAUGUUAGAUUCGCCACCAGUGCAGUAAAACAGAGAACAAAAUGAUGUUCUAUAUCAAUUUAUCGCUUUGAGCCUUCCACACAGAGUGAUACAAGAGAAAGAAAAAAAUAAGCUAAUUUCCGCCGCACAUUACAAGGACAUUCCUUUACCACAAACAAUUUAAUUCAUGAUUUGAACUUCGAUAAAAACAGAACCUUACGGACGUCGAGAAGGGAAAAUCUUAAAAUAUUUGCAAAUCCGAAAAAAUAAUAUGAACCGAUAUCUUUUAGAUAAAUCGCUUUUGAAAAGUUUGUCAAAUCGAGUUAGCAAUUUCAAAUCCUGGUUUAAUUAAUAGAUCCACAAAUAACUUUCAUGAAAGUCGAAAACAGUUUAAAAUCCAAGAAUCUUUUCAAAAUCCAAAAGAUUUUCGCAAAUCGAGAAGAAUAGUCGGUACUUAGUCACGAUACAGCACAUUGUGUCGCAUUAAGUUGCGCUAGCUCGACUUGGAGUCACAACGCGAAAGGACUAAACUGUGCCAGUGUUUAUUAAACUUUUUUCAGCCUUGGGGAAUAUUUUGCCAAACCUAAGGAUCCUGUCACGAAAGAACGAACCGAUGCUAUUUUUUCUAUUCCGUGUAAUGACUGUGAUAACGAGUAUAUCGGACAGAUCAAACUACAGUUUGGUACACGUUUGAAAGAGCAUCAAAAAGCGGUCUUCUUUGGCAAAAAAAAAAAAAUUCAGCUUUAUCGGAGCACACAUGCCUAACCGACCAUACAAUUGGGUGAAACAAGUCUAAAAUUAUCAGCUCUAAUUGGCGUUACCACCAGCGCCUUUGUUAGGAAGCAUGGCAUAUCAACUCAGUCUCCUUUAAAUCGUGAUGAUGGCGGCCUCCUUCCUAACGCCUAUUUACACUUUGUUAGAAAAAAGGGCUUCUAAUUAGUGAGCGUAUAAAAAGACCUCUUAUUGCAACGUUUAGAUCACCCCGGCUGAUGAAGGUACUAGAUAGGAGUGUCGAAAUCUUAGGUCUAUGAAUUGUAACUUCGCGGUUACAUUCAUUAAAUCUUUAAACCAGAGUAGCAUCAAACCAUGUCUGAUUGUCCACCUGGUUGCCACGUGAAUUUUAAUAUAUUUUACCAAGUGCGUUGCGAUAUUCUGCCAUAUUAUAUAUAUAUAUAUAUAUAUAUAUAUAUGCGAUAUUCUGCCAACACGGAAACCAUUUUACACUUCUUUUAUAAAUUAACUAAUGGAAGAGGAACGAAAACCGUGUUUACAUACGCUCAUGUAAAAUGAUAAUAAAAUCAGAGCGCGCGUACCAUUUGAAUUAUUUUAUAAUAUAGUUUGUUCUUAGCUUGUUCGCGUACCAUUUGAAUUAUUUUAUAAUAUAGUUUGUUCUUAGCUUGUUCCACAUCGCGCAAUUGUCAGAUUCUUUGCACACGUUCAAUGCAGACCCACAUGAACUGUCACGUUUUUCAAACUUGUUAUGCAACGUUUUGUUUGUACAGUGGUGACAUUUGAUCUGAGCGAUUGACAUUUGAAACUAAUAAAUGUAUAUUUACAUGACCUGUGUAGUUUCCUACAUGGAAAGGGACAUUCAUCGCGAUCGACACUGUGUUAGGUUGUAAAAAGGCACGAAUUUCAAUUAUACGACCUGAAGUUUAUUGAAACGAUAUCCAAGAAGUAAUGAAGAGCUUUCAAUUUCACGUUUAAUUAUCUCCCGAACUUCGAGCUCUGAAUGGGCUUCAUUUCUCUCCCUCAACCCAUACUCACGCAACCUUCUCUUUGGAGUCCUCGAGUUCAUAGAAAUAUCUGUUUUCGAUUUGCAUGAAAGUUAUUUGUAGAUUUAAGAAUUAAACCAUGAUUUGAAAUUGUUUUCUCGAUUUGAGAAACUUUUCAAAAGCGAUUUGUCUAAAAAGAUCUCGAUUCUUAAUAUUUUUUUCGGAUUUGCAAAUUAUUUUUGGAUUGUCCCCUUUCGGCUUCCGUAGAACCUUGCUCCUGGUAAUAAUACCGAUUCUUAAUAUAUGCAUGGGCAGAAAAAUAUCAGAGGAAUGUUCAGUGAGUAAACAAGGGUCCAGGUUAUCGAAAUGUUAAUUAAGGAUCAAAGUAAAUUGAAGUUGCUCCUUUACAUAAAUGAAAUAAUUAUGCGUAAAUUUUCAAAUUUUGUAGCUAAUUUCUCAUUUGAGAAAAACUAGGUCAGUUAAUAACGGUAGAAAUUGUUACCUCAUUUAUCUUCAUCUAAGCAUUCCUUGUCGUGUGUGUUUUCAGUUUUGAGUUUGAAAUGCAAGGCCUGCGGCAGUACCGAGUCCUGGGAUAAAUGCAAAGAUUCGGAAGUAAGUAUGACCUGCCCAGCUUAUGCGUCCGAACAAUGUGUGAAACUCUACUUUAAAACUUCAUCAGUCGAAUCGUUCAUUAAAUCGUGCGGAACCGAUGCUUACUGUAAUAAAAAAACCAACCCUACUUGUGAACAAGCCAGUGAUUACUAUGAGUGUGACAUCUACUGCUGCAAAGGCGACAACUGCAAUGGUGGCACAGGAACUCGCAUCAGCGGUAUUCUCUUGGUAUCAUGCGCCCUGGCCUCUCUGAUGAUCUUUUACAAAGCCUGAGACUUGACUGAGGUUGAUGUCCAGCACGGCUCAUGAUCAAGACUGCAACUAGUUAUAAGCUUUUUUUGAAGGAUGUCAGUUGUGAAUUAAGAUAGAACGUCUUGCUUAAGACAUAGUAGUCGUCUGUAGGACGAUCUUCGUGAAACGGAGAUGAAGUCAGGCCGAUUUAUACCUACAAGAGAGGAUGCUAGUCCAUCGUAGUCUGCACGUAUUGUGCUUAUUAGUUAAAGUAAAGUAGAGGCUUUUUUAAAUGUUGUUAAAUGAUGCAGCUCUGGGAAAUAAAACGUUGUUUCUAACUACCUCUUCUGAUUUAAUUAGCACUAUGCGUUACAGGAAUCAUUUGGCUAAAAAUUCCACUCCUCCUCCAUAUUGCGGCGAAAUUAACAUAAGCUUAUGUGUAUUAAUAGGUACACUGCUUGUAAGAGUAACCCGUAACACGUUAAAUAUCAUCAUCGUGACCAUUAAAUUUGUCCGGCGCCCC